AGUUGUUUGUUGAGAAACACAAGAAAAAAGAAAGCAAGCAAGCAACCAACAAAACAAAGCAAAUCCACCACAUAUAAAAGCCUCCCCUCAUUAUUCUUUCUUUCCUCUUCUUCUCUCUCUGUCUCUCUCUCUCUCUGCACACACACAACAACACAACACAAAACUCACCUAAAUAAAAAGGAGAGAUUUUCUCUGGCCACCCUCUUCUUCCCCUCUCUCUCUCUCUCUCUCUCUCUCUCUCUGCAAAAACAAGGAAAAAAGAUAAAAACGACACUGACGACACUAUGGCUGCUGCUGCUACUGACGACGACGGCUGGGUCAACCUGGCCAUGAACGACGAGGCGGCGGUCGUCGACGUUCUUCUCCUCCUCAGGCACGCCGAGCCGCCGCGGCCGUCCAAGACCAGCCGUGACCUUCCGUCUCUGCGGUGGAGCGUUAGGCAGCGCCGCUCCAAGAACGUGCCACGUCAUCACCAUGCCAGCGACCUCGUCGUCGUUGAGGGUAAGGAUAAGAAGAAGGGCGAGUCGAGCGAAGCCAGAGCCAGCCCCACCACGCCGCUCUCCUGGAGCGGCGCCACUUCGGUUAGCGGCGGCGCCCUCGACGGCUCCGAAGAGUCCAGCAGGGCCCCCAAGCCGACCGAUGCCGCGAGAUCUAAGGUUGCUGUUAGAAGUGAAGCAGCCAUCUUCAAGAGACCAAGAAAGAAGAAGACGCUUGCUGAACUAAAAGAGGAGGAGAGUUUUCUGUUGAAGGAAAGACGAAACUUGAAAAAUCAACUGGCAACACUACGCCUCACUGUUGAAAAACAGAGGGCCACAAAUGAAAGCUUGAGAAAAAUAAAGACGAUUACACAUUGUCUCAAGACUUCAAGGUCACUUUCAUUUCAACAGUGGCCUACUCCUGGUUCUCUAGUUUCCUCCACUAAGGAUGCUUCCUGCAUUCAAGUAUGCCUUGAUUUGCAGUUGCCCCUGACAACGAUGAAAGCUACAACUUCUGUUGUGCCUGGUGAAUCCAUUUCGUACCAACUUGAGCAAGUAAAUGCAGUUGGUGUCCCUACAAAAAUCAUGCCAACAAUUGUUCAUUGCAGUAAUCUUGGCGCUUCCCAAAGCUCCUGUCCACCAAAUGUUUCUUGCAAGGUAGAAGAGGCUGGGAGCCAGGAUGCUGCCUUUUCGCUACCUGAUUUAAAUCUACCAUUUGGAGACGACCCUAGCUCCGAGGUUUUAUACCGAACGAGCUGAGCAGAUUCAAACGUAUACAAAAAUUCAGUUUCUCUAAUUAUGCGACAUAAAGAUCAUCAGCGGUAUUUAGCUGAAUAAGAUUUAACUCCUUGAUCCUAAGUUCCUAACUGUAUUUUAGGUUGACAGACUGAAAGUGUAAGUAUCAAAAAACGAGUUACCUUGACCGCUUCUGGAAGUGAAUGCGGACAUUAAUUUGUUUUUUCAUACACGAAAGAACUGAGGGUAGUGUAGACAUCCUAACCCUUUAGUUAAUACAUUCUUCCCUUGUUCAGGUUUCUAUGUUUGUCUGAAGUUCUUUGGGAACCCUCAUCCUUUUUCCUCUUUUAGUUUAUUAAAAAUAUAUUGAACUGUUGACUGCAUGGUGUAAUUA